AUGGUUCUAACUCUUUCUGACUGAUUCUAAUUGGUUUUAACUGGUUCUAACUGAUUUUAAUUGGUACUGAAUGUUUCUAACUGGUUGCAGUGUCUCAGAGAUGAAGCUGCAGGACGUUCUAUCCUGUCUGAUGAAGGACGAUGCCUUCAAGGGGCGUGGGAAAUACCACAGCCAGACGUCGCCCCGAGCGCUGCAGCAGGACAUCAGGGAGCGCGCCACCGUCCUGCAGACACAGCUGGAGGACUUCGUUCAUUCUGACACCCACUGGGUGCAGGCGGCUAAGAAAGCGCUGCAGUCCUUCCUGCGGGCCUACACCACCUACCCCGCCCACCUGAAGCAGGUGUUCCACCUGCGGCGCCUCCACCUGGGUCACACCGCCAAGAGCUUCGGCCUGAGAGACGCGCCGCAGGGCCUGAGCCCCGGCCCGGCCCCUAGGGGUCACGGGGGCCCCUGGGACCGGGUCCGCAACAGGAACCAGAACCAGGCUGGGAAACGGGCAGGAAGCCUGAGGAAGAACCAGAACCAGAACCCGGGGAGGAAACGGCUCCAUCUGGGUCACAGGGAGGCGGUUCUGAUUCAGUCAGAGUUCUCCAGCGGCUUGGAGGGAGGCAGGGCCAAGAAGAAGAGGAAGAGGGACGUCACUGAGGAAGAGGAGGACUGAUAUUGAAGGUGGUUCUGAACAGAAUCGUCUCGGCCUGAACCUCCAGAAUCGCUCUGGUUCUGUCAGGCUGGACCCGGACCAGCAGACUGGGUUUAUCCUCAUAGUGAAACAUCGUGACACAGAACAUCUUUGAUCGGAUGAAUUUUAUUUACAAUCAAAUAAAAAAACAGAAAAAAA